AUGGCUGACUCCGGUUCUGAAAGUGUGGAAGUGGUUCCCAAUAGAAAGAGGGGACAGUUUGGGAGCCGGUUCUUGGAUGACCCAGCGCGCGUCUUCCACCACAACGCCUGGGACAAUGUGCAGUGGUCGGAAGAGCAGGCUGCGGCGGCGGCUAAGAAAGUCCGCGAGAACAGUGUCCAGCGAGUGCCCCAGGAGAAGCAAGUUGAUUAUGAAGCCAAUGCGCACAAAUACUGGAAUGACUUUUACAAAAUUCACGAAAAUGGGUUCUUCAAAGACAGGCACUGGCUCUUUACAGAGUUCCCAGAGCUCGCACCUUGCCAAAAUGAAAAUGACUUGGAAAAGUUGUCAGAGGAUAAAGGUCAAAUACGAGAGUGUGAAAACAGUGAGGAAGCACCUGAGUUAACAAUAGAAGAACAGCACAAGGAUUCGUCAAACAAAGAAAAAACAAGGGCACGUUCUGUGGAAGAGACUGUGACUCAGAAACUUAGUCACCUGGACAUCUGUGCUGAUGAGUUUCCUGGAUCCUCAGCCACCUACCGAAUACUUGAGGUUGGAUGUGGUGUUGGAAACACAGUCUUCCCAAUUUUACAGACUAACAAUGAUCCAGGGCUCUUUGUUUACUGUUGUGAUUUUUCUUCGACUGCUGUGGAACUGGUCCAAGCAAAUUCAGAGUAUGAUCCUUCCCGGUGCCUGGCCUUUGUUCACGAUCUGUGUGAUGAAGAUAAAAGUUACCCAGUGCCCAAGGACAGUCUCGAUAUCAUCAUCCUCAUAUUUGUCCUUUCAGCAGUUGUUCCAGACAAGAUGCAGAAGGCUGUCACCAGGCUAAGCAGGCUGCUGAGGCCUGGAGGGAUGAUGCUCCUGCGAGAUUAUGGCCGCUAUGACAUGGCACAGCUCCGGUUCAAAAAAGGUCAGUGUCUGUCUGAAAAUUUCUAUGUGAGAGGUGAUGGUACCAGAGUUUACUUCUUCACACAAGAUGAACUGGACAAACUUUUCACCACUGCCGGACUGGAGAAGGUUCAGAACCUGGUGGACCGCCGGUUACAAGUUAACCGGGGAAAGCAGCUGACAAUGUACCGAGUGUGGAUUCAGUGCAAAUACCGAAAGCCCCUGUUCUCCGAUGCCAGCUGA